GUAGCUUUAGCUACCGUUUAGUUCUUUCCAAACAAGAUUUGCUUAAAUAGCAUAAGUAAAAACACAAUCCGCUUAAAUGGCAUAGUAAAAAUACCAAAUUUGUAUGGUCAGCAAAAGACGGCGACAUACGUGGAGCUGACUCCAGUUUCCACUUCUCAAAUUUCUGGUGUGAGGGUGACCCUCUUACCUUUACAUAGUCUUCUCUUUCUUGUAUUGGCUGAUCCCAUCAUGAGGCAAACUCUGCUUGAAGCAGGUUAGUUUUCCAAAUUUUCAGGCGACAGAAUGGAGGAGGGAUUGCCGGAGGCAGAGCCUUCUGUUUCAACAUGGGACAGAAUUUCCAACUUAAAGACAAUGGCUUGGGAAGCAUACAAAAGAAAGCCGAUAUCUCAUUGGAUUCUUUUGGCAUUGAGCAGUGCAGCAAUGCUUGUGGCUUUUCCUGCUUCAAGCCUUCUAUCUCGAGUCUACUACAAUAAUGGCGGCACAAGCAAGUGGAUCAUUUCGUGGGUGGCGGUGGCUGGAUGGCCUUUGACUGCUUUAAUCUUACUGCCUACAUAUUUCUUUCUCAAAACUUAUCCCACUCCUCUGGACUUGAAACUCACUCUUUCUUACAUUGUUCUGGGUUUCUUGAGUGCUGCUGAUAAUCUCAUGUAUGCAUAUGCCUACGCCUACCUUCCGGCAUCAACUGCUGCUCUUAUAGCAUCAUCAUCCCUGGUUUUUUCUGCGCUAUUUGGAUAUGCCAUUGUGAAUAAUAAACUGAAUGCUUCAAUGAUAAAUGCUCUUGUGAUAAUCACUGCUGCUAUGACCAUAAUUGCAUUGGAUUCAGAUUCUGAUAGAUACAGCAAUGUCACUGACAAACAAUACAUCAUGGGGUUUGUCUGGGAUAUCCUGGGAUCAGCCCUUCACGGGCUCAUUUUUGCUCUUUCGGAGCUUGUAUUUGUGAGGUUAUUAGGCAGGAGGUCGUUCCAUGUUGUAUUGGAGCAACAGGUCAUGGUUUCUUUAUUUGCCUUUGUGUUUACCACCAUUGGAAUGGUUGUGAGCAAGGAUUUUCAGGGGAUGAAAUCUGAGGCCAAAACAUUUGAAGGCGGUGCCAGUGCAUAUUACCAGGUUCUCAUAUGGGGUGCAGUCACUUUCCAGUUGGGGAUAUUGGGAAGCACUGCUGUACUUUUCUUGGCUUCCACUGUAAUGGCUGGUGUUCUCAAUGCAGUAAGGGUGCCUAUCACCAGCAUUGCCGCUGUUAUACUGUUACACGAUCCCAUGAGCGGAUUCAAGAUCCUCUCACUGAUUAUUACCUUCUGGGGAUUUGCUUCCUACAUCUAUGGCAGUUCUUCAGUGAGUAAAUAUUCACCCUCAUAGUACAUUAAUAGUCAAUUGAUUCUUUCUUCUUCCUGUUUUAUGAAUCUGUAUCAUGUGGCCUUUCGUACAUAAAGACUCAGGUUACCAAUUAUGUCUUGAUCUUAUGCUACAAUAAGAGGCAUAAAUGUAUGUAGUCUCAAUGAAAUAUUGUACCAAUAUGUUUCAGAGAAACGAUAUUUGAUUAAACAUUUAGAAUAAACGGAUUUUAGAUUGUUUCUA